AUGUCUUCGCCGAACCUCACGCAGCCACCAGGACAGGGUGUAUCUUCUGUUUUGCCGGUGAAAAGACGUCCGGCCUGUGAGCGAUGCCGCAGCCAGAAACUCAAGUGUCUUCGAGACGAGGGCAAUUCGGCUGGCGCUUGCCUCCGUUGCGUCGACUCUGGGGUCAGAUGCGUCACGAACAGGCACAGAAGGCCAGGUCGCCCUGCAAGGAGUUGUGGAGAAGACCAACAGGCUUCUAGUACGAGGACAGAUGAGUAUAGUGGAAAUGUGUCUGCUCUUAGCACAGUCGUAGACGAUGUGUCUUGGACAAUGAUGGACGACAUUACGCUGGACUCAAUUAUGUCUUACGCAAAUGGGACCACCACUGUUUAUCAUGAUACAGGACAGUAUCUCGACACUUUCGGCUUCGAAGAUGGGCAAGAACUAUAUGAUCAAAUGAGUAGCCACACUGGUGUGACUGCAGACUAUGGGGCUUCCGGAUCAAACCAGAGUUAUAGCGAAGACUUGGAAUGCGAGCUACUUCAAUUACAGCAACAGCUUACGAAGCUGAUUAUCGACCUAAGGACACGAGGUUGGAAUGUUACAACUUCGUUGACGAUAAAACCCCAAACGGUGGACCACGAUAUCUACAAACAAUCCCAUACAGACGGACCGGGCUUUAACCCGAUCGCUGAAACGCUCGGAAUGGUUUCAGAACUCGACAAAAUUCUCAACAAAAUAAUGAAUAACGUAUUUCCGCGUGAAUCUUUCGCAACUAUCAACACGUGCAGCUGGGUUCGGAGCCAAUAUGUGUUGAGUUCUUUGGCUUGUUAUAUGCGCAUAAUCUCUGCGUACGACUAUAUAGUCUCACACAUACUAGAUGAGUAUUCGAAAAACCCAGUUGCAAGAGAAUUCAUUCUUAAUGGAGCUCCAAAGCUUGCAAUUGCAGGCUUUGCGGUCCCAUCACCGAAGAAUCUGCUGGGCCAGCUUCUGGCGCAGACCUUGGAACAGAAACUCUCGCCAAUCGAAUCGACAUUGGGACUCCCUUAUCUAUAUCGUGUCGUUCCAGAGAUGGAGGACUAUCAUAAUCGAAAAGGAGGCAGGUUACUCAAGGAAACAGACGGGAAAUUGCUCUUGGAUACGUUGGAGAAUAUAAGCUCUGGAAGCAUGAUGAGUUCGACGGAGCCUAGUGGUGUACAGGCAUUGAAAGAUAAAUUGGAUCGCCUUAAGUCGCUGGGUUUGAGCUAG